AUGCCGCCGGGCAUGCAGCCCCCAGCCAUGCCGCCGCCGAGCACGCCGCCGCCGGGCAUGGAGGUGCCGCGGCCACCCGCCGCGCCGCCCGGCGCGGGGCAGGGCCCGCCGAUGUCCGGCGGCGGGGAGGAGACGACGCUGGCAGAGGUUGGCAAGAGCGCCAAGGACUACCUCGACGUGCUGAUGCCCAUAGCGAUACCGAAGGCGGGCGACGACGCUCGGCCGGUGCCGAGAUCUGUGCAGUGCCUGGAGGACGGCACUGACCUCUUUAAGAUGUUCGACGCUGACAUGAACAGAUUCGAUCCGAAGGUUGUCAAGAAGAGCUACCACAAGAUGGCCGCGCUGGUGGACCCGGCCAAGCUCGGCAGAGAACCUUCGGAGGCCGAACAGGCGCGGUGGACGAAGCUGAAGCAGGCCUAUGCUGUCAUCAUGGACGAGCAGAUGCGCGCAGUGUACCGGCAGUAUUGCUUUGGCAUCAUGGGCUCAGGCGGCACGCCCGCCCUGGGGCACGACGAGGCGCUCGGCAAGGCGCUGGAGAUGGGGCGGGACCUGCGGAAGAUGGGCGAGGAGCGGGCCAUCGUGCUGCACAAGGCCGCCGAGACAGGCUGGUCGGUGCAGAUGAAGGACCAGGACGGCAGGAAUAAGGGCCCAGACGUGCGCAAGCACGGCUACCAGUUUAACUUGUUCGAGGAGGUGUCAUCCGACGACGGCGAGGACGUGACCCUGGAGCGCGAGCGCCGCAACAUGCCCGCGGACAAGAUCCUGGAGCUGAGCCCGAAGUUCGCGGACGCCUUCCUCGACAAGAUCAAGCCCAUCCUGCUGAGCAGGCACGUGUCCAAGGCUGCUGCUGGCGGGGCCUUUACCAUGCUGGACGAGCCGCGCUGCAAGGACCUGCUAGAGGAGAACCCCAAAGCCGUGCAGAAGAACCUGCGCAAGGUCAGGACUACCCUGAAGCAGAUGAAUUGGGCAAUGACCGCCCUGAUUCAAAACAAGGACAGCCCCUGGCGGGGCCUCGAGACGAAGGGGUCUCUGGCGGAGCACGGGACGGAGAAGAUGCUCGACAUCAUAAAGUCGGGUAUCGCCGUCGGAAAGUUCAGCGAGGUUCACGAGGAGGAGUUUGCCAAGCUCCUCGACAACCUCCACAGGCUUUAUAUGGAUAUCUUCGAGAAGCGUGGCCAGGAACUCUUGCGAUCCGCCAUCCAGGCAGAGCUGACCGUGGUCCACCUGCUCCCCGAGAGCGGCGGCCGCCUGCCCGACGGCACGAAGGUGAUCCUCCAGGAGCUCAAGUCCAGAGCGGAUCUCAACGGCAAGCGCGGCACCAUCAUGGGCUGGGACUACGCCUUGCAAAG